AUGCCUAGCCCACCCGAUCCAUUUGACUACCCGCAAGACCGUUCCCUUACAACCCAUCAGGGACAGCGUUCACAGGAUAGGAGAGACGACCCCUUAGGCCUCUCUGUCUUGUAUGCCCCCCCAGAACGUUCGGUAGAUAUAGUAUUCAUCCAUGGUCUCGGGGGAGCAAGUUUACGGACAUGGUGCCGGGAUCGAGACUUAGAUUAUCUUUGGCCUCAAUUGUGGCUUCCACGGGACCUCCCCUCUGCUCGUAUCCUCACCUUUGGGUACAAUGCGCACUUUUUGUCAAAGAAAGAGCGGACCUCUCUAACCAUCAGCGAUUUUGCAAACGAUCUGCUGUUUCGGAUGAAACAUGGAGAAAGCGGAUCGACCAGAUUGGGCCAAGUGCCUAUCAUCGUUGUUGCCCACUCGAUGGGGGGCCUGGUCUUCAAGAAGGCCUUUGUACAGGGCCACAUGAACGACGAGUACCGAAGUGUUGUUGCUACAAUAAAGGCCGUUCUUUUUCUAGCUACUCCCCACCGAGGCACUGUUUUAGCUGAUACCCUCAACUUGAUUUUAAGGAGCUCAUUCUUCGGACACUCGUCAAAGAAAUACGUAUCUGAGCUCACCCGGGGAAGCCCAACGAUAGACGAGCUAAAUGAGACGUUUCGACACCAUGCACCCAAGCUCCAGAUGUUCUCAUUUUACGAGACAUUAGCCACCCCUAUCGGGCCGAUGUCAGCCUUGCUCCUCGAUAAGGCGUGCUCUGUUAUGGGUUACCCAAACGAGACAUCGCAGCCACUCAUUGCCAAUCACCAUAACGUCUGCAAGUUCACAGGAGAAGGCGACCCAAAUUAUUCGUCUGUCCUAGGCGCCCUCCGUAGUGUCAUCAUGUCGGUCACAUCCUCAGAGACUGACAGCCACGCCAAGGACCUACAAGAUAUUAAGACAUUGCUUGGUGUGUCCGGUCCUCUCGAGGAAGAUAUAGACGCUUUUCGUGCGGUUCGAAAACCUGGAACAUGCGAGAAAUUCUACGCAUGUCGAGAAAUGAAAGACUGGCUCGCCUCUAAGUCGCCCCACGUUCUCUGGGCCCAUGCUCCACCAGGAAAUGGGAAGUCUACACUGUGCUCAUUUAUUGUCGAUCGUUUGCAGGAAGAGAAUGAAUAUUGCGCUUAUUUCUUCAUCAAAUACGGCCAUCGCAAGAAACAGUCUACGGCAUGUAUGCUUCGUUCAUUGGCAUAUCAAAUGGCUCUUCAAAUACCCACGUUCCGGCAGGCGCUAACGGAUCUCGCAAGAUCUGGAGUGCAAAUUCACAAUGCAGACACUCUCACAGUAUGGAAAAAGCUAUACUUGGCCGCGCUUUCCACGGUCUACUGUGAGAAAAGGAUUUCUUGGGUGCUAGAUGGACUUGACGAAUCCGAUUCAAGCAAACAGGUUAUCGAGCUCAUCUCGGCAGUCGGGAGUUUCAACAGCUAUAUACGCGUACUUGUGUUAAGUCGGCCAUUAUCCACCAUAAUCCAGGCUUUCCAAAUGGUUAAAAAGAAAAUACCCGUCAUUGAUAUACCCCUUCCGGAUAAUAUGGACGACAUUCGCAUGGUAGUGGCUGGUGAGGUCGGUUAUCUUCCUGCAAGCGAUGAAUUCAAGGCCAAGGUCAUCGAUGAGAUCACAUCCCGCUCUCAACGAAACUUCCUUUGGGCUAACCUCGUGCUUUCACGAGUGGCAAAUUGUCAUCGCCAAGAGCAGAUAAAGCAAGUCCUUGAAACCACGCCCGAUGGGAUGGAUAAGCUCUAUGAUCGCAUGCUGGACGCUGUCAGCGAUCUUCACACAAAGGAGGACAAGGCCCUCUCUAAGAUCAUUCUUUCAUGGGCUAUGUACGCCAAGACUCCUCUGUCGGUGACUGAGCUCUCUGAAGCAUACCCAGCCGAGCUACACUCGAUCAUAGACCUCGAUCACACUGUGAGCCAGAUAUGUGGUCAAUUUGUCGACAUUGCCCAGGACAAAGUUACCCUAGUUCAUCACUCUGCCCGCGAAUACUUAAGGAAGACCAAGCGUGCGCCCUUCUCGUUGGACCUGCGGACCGUGAAUGAGGAGCUCUUCGGUAAAUGCAUGGCAACCCUCUGCGAUCAGCGCCUCCGUAGAAAGCUCAGCACUCUUAAGCUACCCAAGUUCCUGCCCUACGCGGCUAUGUCAUGGGCGUUUCACCUUGAGAGCAGCUCACCUGAGUCGGACAGAGGGCUGGACGCCCUUGUUCGGUUUUUUAGCGGGCCUUUUCCUCUCGCCUGGAUUCAAUACUUUUCCAUCAGCGGCUGCCUUUCUGAACUCUUCAACAUCUCUAGGAUAGUCACAAAUUAUGUGAGGAAGAGAAGAAAUGCAAACGCCGACAAGUCCCCCAUGUUGCAUUGCCUGUCAGAUCUUUCUCUGAUUGAAACUUGGGCGAUCGAUCUGUUGAAGAUACCAGCUAAAUUUGGUCGCCACCUAUCGGAAGAUCCCUCCCUAAUAUACAAGUGCAUACCUCCGAUUAGUCCCCACUCCUCGGCUAUACAUCAGAAAUUUGCCGUUAAUGCCGCCAUCACUCUGUCGGUUUCAGGACUCAAAAAUCUAGAAUGGAAUGAUUGUCUAGCCCGAGUGUCGGCAAAUGCCAGCAGAGCAGUCCGGCUGGCGGUAUCAGCCCGAUAUCUUGCUGUUGCAUCAGACGUCCCCAAGGGAACCAUCACACUGUGGGAUACUAUCUUGUUCCGGGAGUAUACGGCUUUUUUUGUCAAUGAGCAUAUUUGGGCAAUUUGCUUCAACGGGACCGGGUCUUUUUUCUCAUGUUACGGGAUCAACCACACAUUUGUGUGGAAAGUUGAGGACGGAUCUCUGUUGUUAACGAAGGACAAUCCGUCACAUGAGCGAGCCAUCGACUUCAAGUUUGACGAAAACGAUGUACUUAUGAUGAUUUCCGAUCUUCGACGGGUGUACAAGCUGACUAUAGAGGCUGAGGGGGAGGAGCAAUGUUCCUGGAUACAGAUGGACCCACAAUUACUGGAGGAGACGAGUUUGCCAGAGCAUAUGUUCCUCGGCAGUCCUUCUUCGGUGGCAUUCAACAACGACUGUACCCAGGUUGCUGUUGCUUAUCGCUCCUUCCCCCUCACUGUGUGGAACAUUGACCCACCUGAGAUCGUCGCACGACUCAAGAGAAAGUCAAAGCAAGGGCAAGGGUCUGUCUACUCAUACACAGGUGACAACAAGGUCGUCUGGCAUCCCUCUGGAACGCAUGUCAUGGGAAUCUUUGGACAAAUAUUCAAGUGGAGCCCGAUUGAAGACGCCUAUGAGGAGGUUAAAGGAGAGACAGGUGUAGUACCCUACGGAAUCCAGUGCAGCCCCAACGGACACGUAUUUGUUACUAGCGACGUUGAAGGCUCAAUUAAGGUCUACGACUUCGCUUCAUUGUCGCUGAUAUACAAGCUGAACUCGGAGGAUCGCAUCAACCAGAUCUGCUUUGACCCGAACAGUGUCCGGUUCUACGAUCUGCGGGGCUCCUACUGCAACGUCUGGGAGCCCAAUUGUCUGCUUCGGCUCAUGGAGGAUACCGCUGAGCGCAUCGGUGACGCGGAUAGUGCGGCGGAUAGUUUUUGGUUGGACACAGAAGAUACUCAUAGAACUUCUAUCUCUUUGCCGGUGUCCGAGAGCCAUGCUGAUAGUAAAUCAGCAAUCACCGCCAUUGCAGCGGGAGCCCGGUCACAAGAGCUGCUCGCGUAUUCAACUGAUGCCGGUGAAGUAGAUGUCUAUGACCCGAUAACCGAAAAGAGGCACAGGGUCGCUAAGUCCCUCUUCGGCAUGCCAGUCGAGCAUCUCAUCUGGACGGUGAAGCACGACCACCUUGCCUACUCCUUCUCUAAUGGGACCACCACUAUCAAGUCAAUCUCUAUCACUGCUGGGCCACAGCGAGAGGUGGUGGCUACAGAUAUCUCCGGGAAGGACCGGUCUAGCACUGAUCGAGGUCGGACCCGUCAACUCUUGUUCGAUGAGUCAGGGGAGUCGCUGCUAAUCUAUGGUGCUAAAAAGAGUCAAGUCCUCUCCAUACCCAGUGGACAGAUUAUUGCCGAGCGUGAUAUGCCGGAUAGUGAGUCCGCCAAGUGGAAACAACAUCCAUCACAGCCAGACAUACUCCUCUGCUUUACCUCCGACGCCGUGACUACUUUCACGUGGCAACUAGAGAGAAAGGAGUCAACUCCGCUAAAGCUCCCCACGAAUGAUCUCUCUAUAUCGCCCACUGUCGAUGCGCUCCUGUCCAGUCACUGCAUGCGAUAUAUCCUUGUCCGCACCAUGACAAAGCAGCUCAACCGGCUACAUUACGGGUUCUUCGUCCUGCCUGCGAGCCCGAUAUUUGAGGGCGGUAGGGAGGCCAUCAGCCCUUUACAUCUUUCCCCAACCAUCAGCGGUGACGUGGUUGGCAUCAUACCCGAUGGGCGGCUGGUAUUUCUGGAUCAGAAUCUGUGGGUCUGCACGGCACAGCUGAAUGGUGAUGAUAGCACGGUUGCCAGGCACUUCUUUCUGCCGCGUGAUUGGGUCACCAGCUCGGGUGUCAAACUGUGCCAGGUACUGCAGGAUGGCACGUUCCUUUGCCCUAGUAAGGGAGAGGUUGCAAUCAUGAAAAGCGAUCCGAUAUCGAACUGGUGA